UCAGUUUAUGCCUUUCUGGACACAGUCGAUCAUCAAUCAAGCCAUGCCUGAACAAAGUCCCGAUUGACCGAGUUUCGAGAAUCUGAAUCUCAAUUAGGCCCAUUAAGUCGGCUCAUGACUCGAGACUUCAAGCGCUACUUGCAAAAGUAUUAGAGGUAGAGUUUAGUCAAUUUUAAGAAAAAAAGAAUAGUGUUAAACCUUUCACAACUGACCGGUUCUCAAACAAACGAAGCACCAUUGGUUUGGCAGGGAUAAGGAGAAAAAGGAAGAGAAAAGUCAAUGGAUGUUGAAGCAGUUGUUUCUAUAGUGAUACGGAAACUCACAGACCUGCUCAUUCAAGAACCAAUCAUCUUCAACGAGGCAAUAGAUGAGAUAGAGCUAGUCAGAAUCAGCUUAAGACAGAUGCAGAGCUUCCUAAUAGAUGCAGAAGAUAAAAAAGAACACGACGAAGGUGUUAAGAAGUGGGUGGAUCAAUUUCUUGCUGUUGUUUAUGAAGUGGAGGAUGCCAUUGAAACGUUUGUCCUGCGGAAAAUGUAUGCAAGGACAAUGGGUUACUUUUUCAUCCCCAAGAAUUUGAAGGCUGAUUCAGACCUUUGCAAAAAGAUAGAGGGGAUCAAGGACAAGAUAAAAAACCUUGUCAAAAGCAAGACGGAAAUGGACCAAGGCGAGCCUCUCAGGAUUCGGCAAUUAACUUUGCACAGAUCAAGGUCAAGCUAUCAAGAUGAAGGGCUAACACUGAAUCAGCAAAGCAAUGAUUCUAGCUAUUCUGUGGAUGAAGAAACAGACUUCAUUGGCUUCAAAAAAGACAAAAGCAAACUGGUGACCAUGCUAACUGGCAGUGGCCGGGAAUCCGGGGAUUACCAAAAGCUUCCGCCCAUUUCAGGUGUAGGCAAGCAUGGCUCUGGCAAGACUACCCUUUCAAAGGCAAAUGAGGUUAAAAGUCGUUUUGAUUUUCGAGUCAUUUCAGUUGUAGGCAAGCAUGGCUCUGGCAAGACUACCCUUGCAAAGGCAAUUUAUAACAGUCCUGAGGUUAAAAGUCAUUUUGAUUGUUGGGCAUGGGUUCUUGCCUCUGGGAACCUUACAGAUGUGCUGCUGAGCACAUUGGAACAGAUUGUCAGUUCAAUUGUUGAUAAGAAAUCUACGAAAGAGGAAUUGAUACAGAAGAUCCAUAUGAUUUUGAAGGAGAAACGGUACCUAGUUGUGUUGGACGAUUUGCAGACACCUGAUGUAUGGAAAAAACUUCUUGACGCCUUUCCAGACACAAAAAAUGGUAGUAGAGUCAUGUUGACUACUAGCAAUUAUCGCGUUGCUUUAAGAGCAGAUACAAGAGGAGAGCCUCAUCAGCUGAACCCGCUAAAUGACGAAGACACCUGGGAAUUAUUCUUAAAAAAGGUAUGCUUACCAGACAACUUUCAGUUCUCUGAGUCAGAUAUGUUCAAGCUGAAAAGAAAAAUUAAAAGAAGAUGUAAGGGUUUACCUCUGGCAGUCACGGUGCUUGGAGGUUUGCUGUCGACAAAGGAAGUGAGCUACGAAGUAUGGUUGAAAGUUAUUGAGCACCCAAGUUGGCAGCUGGACAGCAAGCAAGUCCAAUUCUCAAAUAUUUUGGCCCUGAGUUACAAUGAUCUACCCUUCCACUUGAGGCCUUGCUUCCUCUAUUUACGGCUUUUCCCAAAAGAUUAUGAUAUUCCUGUGAGAAGGUUGCUGCGUUUAUGGCUUGCAGAGGGAUUUGUGAAGCAAACACCUGGGAUGACUCCUGAGGAUACAGUGGAAAUAUACUUGGAAGAACUUGUGAAAAGAAGCAUGAUUCAAAUAUCCAAACGGAGAAAAGAUGGGAGUCCCAAAACAUGCUGUAUGCUUGGUGUGUUACAUAAUGACAGUAAUUUCUUGUCCAAAGCUCAGGAGAUUGGCCUUUUCCACAUCUAUCAAUUGCCAGAAAUGGGAACUCCUAAGCAUCGUGUUCGCCGGUUUGCUGAUUAUGUUGACACAAAAGAGUAUCCCUUGCGCAUUCAACAUCUGCGCUCAUACUUGUCCUUUUACAUUCAAAAGAACGAUAUGCCUGCAACAGAAAUUGAUAGCUUUCUCAGCCAAGUCAUUGGUCAAGGAUUUGGAUUGCUGAGGGUGCUUGAUUUAGAACGUGUCUACAAGCCUAAAUUGCCUAACAAUAUGGGGAAACUAUUUCUCUUGUUGAGGUAUUUGGGUUUAAGAUGGACUUUUUUGGAUAGCCUUCCCCACUCUGUUGGUGAGCUACCUUACCUUGAGACUUUGGAUGUGAAGCACACCUAUAUCAGCUCUCUACCAAGUUCUAUUUGGAAGAUGAAACACUUGAGGCAUCUGUGUCUUAAUGAAAUACGCCUUGACAUGUAUUCACAAAAACAUGGCAGCUUUCUUACUCAUCUCCAGACAUUGUGGGGAUUGUUUGUUGACAAGAAGACUCCAGUGAAGGAUGGUUUGUAUAGGUUAAUUAAUCUCAGGAAGUUGGGUUUGACAUGUCAUUUAGAUGCCUUUCAAGAAUUAGAUGAGUGGAUUGCAAGACUCGCAAGUCUUCAAUCUCUCAAGAUAAGAUCCAAGAAUCAAAAUGGUCAACCUUGGAAGCUCAACUUGAAGCCUCUGUCAAGCCUUGAGAAUCUCACCCACCUGUAUUUGCUUGGAAGCUUACCGGAGCUACAUGAUAGGUAUGAAUUCCCUCCUAAAGUCACAGUUCUUACUCUGUCAGUCUCAAAGCUGGAGAAAGACCCCAUGCCAAUCCUUGCGCAGCUGCCAAGCCUUUCUGUCCUCAGGCUAUUGGCUGAUUCCUACACUGGGAAGGAAAUGGAAUGCCCUCCCGGAGGGUUCAGUAUGCUUCGAAUUUUGAAGCUUUGGAUGCUAAAGGAUUUGGAGAUAUGGAAGGUGGGGGAAGAAGCAUUGCCUAAUCUUCGAGAAUUAGAAAUCCGAUGUUGUGACAAACUACAAGAGCUACCAGACAAGUUGCUAAGUCUGAGAAACAUUGAGAAAAUAGUUUUAACGAACAUGCCACAGAAGUUUGUAGACAAUGUUCAAGCCAUCAAGCUUGAGAAAAAAUUAAUCCUCCCUAAAACUCUGCAGUUCUGAUCUGAGUGGGAUUUUACUGUCAGGACAAUUUGAAGCAGGAGAUGAAUUGCCUCGCAUAUUUGCUAUCUUCUACUCUUUUAACCUCUGAAUCCCCUUGGGAGAUUUGUGGCUUGUGCUAUAAGCUUGGAAGACAACCUGAGUUGAAGGAGCUGCUACCUGAACCACAGUUUGCUAAAUGUUAUUGCAGUUGUCAUUAAUGUUGCUAUUGUUCUUGUUAUUCUUGCUGCUGCUGCAUCUGUUAUCCUGGUUUUUCAUUAAGUGUUUGUUUGAUUUGUUUCGUGUA